AAAGCUAUGUUUGCCCAACCAAACAGCCAAACACGGCUCUUCAGAAAUCCAAUAAGAAAAAAAAAUUCUCUCUUUGCUUUAUUCCUACAUUUUCUCUCUCUUCUGCAACACCAAAAAAAAAAAAAAUGGCGGCAUCUUCAAGAAGAUCUAGCGGUCCGAUUCUCCGCUCCCUCUCCCCAUCAGGCCGGUUCAGUUCUCACUACGCUUCACAGUCUCCAUCUUCUUCUUCCUCCUCAACUUUUGCUUAUUCGACUUCGAGGUUCUCCUCACGCUCCUCAUCUUUCUUUAAUCAAAACAGAUCUAGCUCUCCGCCACGUGUCAAUCUCUACAACCAAUCUCCAUCCUCGCCGUCUGUGCGAUUCUGGCUCGAUAACCGUUCGAUCUCGCCGAACCGUUCAAUUUCCACCGUGCGUAGAAACAACGAGGCGUUGAAGAAUUUACAGAGCAAACAGCCAAAGCGGACUUGCAUGUGUUCUCCUACGACGCAUCCGGGAUCGUUCCGUUGCAGUCUUCACAAGAGUUUCAAUAAUUCGCACGCGGUGGGAAGUUACACGCCGAGUAAUCGGCUCAACGCGCGUAGAUCUGCGAUGACGAACUCGCUGGUGAGAAUCGGAGGAGUCGAAGGAGAUCUAGUCAAGAGAGCUUUGUCGGCUUUGAUCAGACCUUCCUCUCACCAGCAGCGUCGUCGCACAGCAUUCCAGCCAAGGCCGAGCCGGCUCUGCGUGAUGUCAAAGGCUGAUGAUUUAUGAAGAUUCUUUAUGCGGAUUUCGAAUUGGAGAAAUUGAGGGUGGAAUUUACAUUACUGGAAUUUACUCCAAAAGAGAAUUGAAGUGAAUCAGACGAUGAAGAAAACCUUAGCUGCGUUGGAGAAGAAAAUGAAAUGACAUUCUAAUAACUUGGACCCUCCCUAAAUUUUAUGGAAAGUAAAGGAAAAAUAAAAAUACAACUAAUGUUAAAAAAGGAAAUAAUGGGAAUUAAUGAUACGUAAAGGAGAGAAAAGAAAAAGGUCUAAUAAUUUGUGAUUCUUAUAAAGAAGAAAAGAAAACAGAAACAUCUACAUUUAUAUAAAAAUCAAGGAAACUUUUGAACAGGAUUGUUGACAAAACUUAUAUCACAAGUGGCUCUUGAAAGUUGCGAAGGGAGCAUAUAAAAAUUGAGAUUAUCACAAGUGCUUGUCAAAGAGCCCACAGGAAAUUGAACAAAUGUUUAGAGCCCGAGCCUCGGCCCUCAAUUAAGAAAAGGUCAGAGUUUUGUGGUUUGAGAAAUAGCAGUUUACUUGUUUGCUAUGGAGAAAAUAGAAAGGAAAAAUUUAUAAAAUACAUAGACACUGGGGAGAAAUUACAAAGAAUCAACAAUUAUAUUUCAGGCUUCUCAAAGGGGCAUCGUUUUAACAUCUGAGCUUCAAUUAUUCCUUUGUCUUAUUUUUUUUAAGGUUAAUAUCUCAAAUGAAUCUAAAAUUAUAAUAAAAUAUUUUAAUU